AUGGAUAGGCCCAGUGGUAGUAGGCAAUCUAUCGAAAACGUGGAAGUGUUCGAAGUUCGCGAGCACGUCCCUUACCAAGUUGAGGUGACUAAAGCUCCUGGUGCAUACGAUGAAGAGAGCAAUGACACGUAUAACUCCUCUUGGGGCUCGGCGUGGGCAGCUAUAUGCCAACUGAUCAACUUACUCCAUCAUAUGCAAAUUGCUAUUGUGGUGUUUUGUUUGUGGCACUUUGCGUUGACUUCCCAACCUAAUGGAAACGUCACUAACUUGCAGCUUCACAUCGUGUUUGCGGGGACUGGCUACCAACUAUUUCUAGUAGAAUCAAUAAUGACUCUACAUAGAUAUAACUCUUGGUCAUUCCAACUCAGCAAAGACAGCAAAAGGGUCAUACACGGAUGCCUUCAAGUCGCUGGAUCGCUGUUCGUAAUCGGUGGAACCUUCCUUGCAUUGUCAGAAGUGGGCAUGCAGAUCGACACAGCCCAUGGGAUAUGCGGUGUAAUCGCCUUAAGUUUCACCAUCAUAAGUUUUAUAUCGGGCAUCAUAGCAUUAUUCUCUUCAAAAGUGCGCUUGCAAAUCAAGAGUGGGCCUGUGAAAAUAUUCCAUAUAGCUGUCGGUAUGUUCGCGGUCUCCAUGGGUCUCAUCACAAUGGCGAUGGGAUUCAACAUGGAGUACUAUAGCGCCACGCAUGGCGGUCUUUCAACAGCACUUAUGGCUUUUGUUGUUAUGAUUCUAGUUUAUAUCCUUAUUCAACCUGUUAUCGAUUUAAUAUCAACUACCCGAAAAGCUCUGUGA